CUCUUUAAUUAGUAAACUCCUCACACAAUUAAACCCAAGAAAUAAUGAAUGAAGAGAUAAGUCAUAAGUCUCCACACAUUUUUUCCCUCCACGAGAAAAUAAAGCACAUCUCCAUGAACGACAAGAAAAAAGAUUAUUCCCAAAGAAAAUGCAAGAAUUCCUCUCUCAUCCUCUCUCUCUUCUCCCUCUCUCUCUUCGCCCUCGUCUUAUUCACCAAAGACAUAGCUUUCAUAGCCCAAAUCACCCUCAAAUGGCAAGAGAUUCACGUUCUUGGUGGAGAUCAAGAACAAACUACUCAAACCCUAGAAGAAGAUGGGAUUGAAUUGCCUCCAAAAUCGUGUGAUUUGUCAAAGGGAAAAUGGGUUUUUGAUAACAUCACAAGGCCUUUAUACAAAGAGGAGAAAUGUGAGUUCUUGACAGCUCAAGUGACAUGUAUUAGAAAUGGAAGAGAGAAUUUGUUGUUUCAAAAUUGGAGAUGGCAGCCCAACGAAUGUUCUUUGCCCAAGUUUGAUGCAAAAAUAAUUUUGGAGAAGCUAAGGGGGAAGAAGCUUAUGUUUGUGGGAGAUUCGGUAAACCGGAAUCAAUGGGAGUCGAUGGUUUGCUUGCUCCACACCGGAAUUGCUCCGGGCAGGGCAACUUGGACCGUGGGGGCCCCACUCUCCGUUUUCUUUAUUCAGGAUUAUAACGCGACGGUCGAAUUUUACUGGGCUCCAUUUCUAGUAGAAUCAAAUUCGGAUGAUCCAAGAAACCACAGCAUUUCCCAAAGAAUUAUAAUGCCUGAAUCCAUUUCCAAGCAUGGAAUCCAUUGGAAGGCUGCAGACUUUCUUGUCUUCAACACCUACAUAUGGUGGAUGAAUAAUCACACCAUCAAAGUCUUACGAGGAUCGUUGGAUCAAGAAUCAGCAGGAUAUGAUGAGGUAGAACGGUCUGCAGCAUAUGAAAGAGUUAUGACAACAUGGGCUGAUUGGCUAAUUGACAACGUUAAUCACACUCGCACUGCAUCCUACUUCAUCACCAUGUCUCCAAUUCACUGGCAGAGCUCAUCCUGGAACAACCCAGAUGGGGUGAGAUGUGCUCGUGAGACGAUGCCAAUCUUGAACACAACAAUGGAACUAGACAUGGGGACAGACAGGCGGCUACUUGACGUUGUAAGAAACACAAUCAAGAGGAAGGGAGUCCCCGUGGAUCUGAUCGAUAUCACGACACUAUCAGAGUACAGAAAGGAUGCUCAUACCUCAGUGUACACUCUUCGUCAAGGUAGGCCUUUGACACCAGAACAGAAGGCUGAUCCUGCUGCGUUUGCUGAUUGUCUGCAUUGGUGCCUCCCUGGAGUGCCUGAUACAUGGAACGAGCUGCUCUACACACACAUAAUUUCAAGAUCAUGAGACCAAAGCUUCUGAUUUAUUACACAUCUACAUUUGAAAUUUCUUUCACCUCACCUGCUGAUGCAUACCUGUGCUGUAACGAGUCAAACCCGAACUUACUUAUAGAUGAUUGAAAAUAAAAUUGCAGUUUGAGAAUA